UUUUCGAAAAAAUGUCCGUGGGGCCGCGACCGAUGACGACGUCUCCCAAUUUAUUUUGUUGACAAAAAUUCUUUUAAAAAUUAAUAAUAAUUAAUUUUUGUUUUGUGAUAAUUAAAUAAAUAUAUUCGUUUAUUUGUGUUGAGUGUUUUUUAUGUGUUUUUUUGUGCCAAGAGAAAAAAAGAAGUGAAAAUAAAUUAAAAAAAAGAUCCUGAAUCUUGAAGAAAAAAAGAAACAAAAAAAAAAAUAUAAUUUUCCAAAAUGACUGUGUGGCUGGAUACGGAUGAUCAACAUCGCUUUGGAAUUGCAAAAGACAAUUUCGAAGAAGAAGAUAAGCCCCACAGAUUGACAUUGGAUGUUGGUGAUUCCGUAGUGAUUCUAAAAGAACUUACACAAUGGUAUUACGGCUACAAUACCAAAAGAAAAGAUAAACGAGGAAUCUUUCCAAAAGGAUACAUUCAAACCGUUGAAUGGGUCUAUAUUAAAGGCGACUAUUAUAUUAAACGUUCAGAAAUAGUCGAAGAAACAACAAAAGUGAUAUUAGAAUGGGGUCGAUUAUUAAAAGGCUACUAUCUGAACUGCCAUCCGGAUUUUACUGCAAUCAAACGAAAAAUGUUCGAAUUGAUUCAUCUUAGGGCGUUGCUUAUAUCCGGCAAUCUUCCAGCUGAUGAAAUGCGCAAAGUUAAAUUGCUAGCCACCUCACAAAUAGACACAGGAAAUUGUCUGCUUGGAUUGGACAUGGUAGUGCGGGACGAAAGCGGCAAUAUGCUCGACACAAAUGCCACUUGUACAACUGAGUUGUAUGAUCAUCAUUUGAAUGCCGUUGAUCGUAUCCGAAGGGCGAAUAAUCCCCAUGCUAAACAUCGGACAUCACGAACAAUGAACAAAUAUUCACACAACGUCCUGCUUACAGUACAUGCAUUUGUUUGUAAAUUCCAAGAGGACUCUGAUCUUCUAUUCACAUUAUACAAUGGGGAAACCCAUAAGCCAAUUACAGAGAACUACGUUGUGCGAUGGGGUCGAUUGGGCAUUGCACGCGACAUCGAUCAAUUCGAUAAUAUUCGUGUUCUCUUUACAGAUUUGAGUACAAAUGACCUCAAUAUCAGUAUGUUAUAUUUAGUUUGUUAUGCCGUUCGAAUUGGUUCAAUGGAAAUGAAGGAGAAAGAUAGAGACAAGGAAAAGGACAAAGAUAAAAGGUCAAGUUUAACUAGUACGAGAUUAAGUUCGGCUAGUAAGAAAAGUUCACAGCUAUCAAUUAAUUCGAAUAGCUCGUCGGGGAAUAGUAUAGAUCAUAUGCGACGUCCUUUUGGUGUGGCUUGUAAAGAUCUAACACCAAUUAUUGGCAAACCAGAUGAUUUUAAGAGAAAUCUUGACUUGCCUUUUAUUAUGUGUGAGAAAGAUAACUUUGAUACGACCUUAAAGAAGCUGGUAGCAAAUAAGGAUAUCGGGAAAAUCGACUCAAAAGUAGCUGUGAGCAUAGAAGUGCUACAGGGAGAUAUUAAACAGAUAAAAGAAGAAUUUCCUCAUCUUGUACAUGGAAAAGUGCCAUUUGCUCGUAAAAUGGGUUUUCCAGAAGUCAUUUUGCCAGGUGAUGUACGAAAUGAUCUCUACUUAUCACUAAUGGGAGCAGAGUUUUCCAGAAGUGCAAAAAGUAGUGAGAAGAAUGUUGAAGUAACUGUUUAUGUUUGCAAUGAAAGAGGUGAAGUUGUGCCAGGUGUGAUGAGUAUUGGAGCCGGACAUGGUCCAGUUGAUGAAUACAAAUCGGUUGUAUAUUAUCAUGAUGAUAAGCCAAAGUGGUUGGAAACAUUUAAAAUUCAUGUGCCAAUUGAUGAAUUCAAGCAGUGUCAUUUAAAAUUCUUGUAUAAACAUCGAAGUUCGAAUGAACAAAAAGAUCGAAAUGAAAAACCAUUUGGUUUAUCUUAUAUUAAAUUGAUGCAAGAUAAUGGAACAACUAUUACACAAGGACAACAUAACUUAAUAGUUUACAAAAUCGAUCACAAGAAAUUCGAUAAGAAUGUUAUUAUUUCUUAUAUGGAUUUGCCAUCGACAGUUUCUGAAAUACCAAGUGGAACCAAACCAUCAACACUUGGUCUGACACUACUCUCGAAGGAUAGUGUAUCAAUUGGUGUUAAUUUAUGCAGUACAAAGUUGACACAAAGUGUAAGCUUACUAGGUCUACUUAAUUGGUCUGCGCACAAAGAAUCUCUAGAAGAUUCACUUAAAGCUCUUGCAACAGUUCCUGGUGAAGAAGUUGUGAAAUUUUUACAAGAUAUUUUAGACGCUCUAUUUAAUAUAUUGGUAGAAAAUGAUAAUCCUGAACGUUAUGAUAAUCUAGUCUUUAUGAGCAUCAUACAUCUAGUUGAAACAGUUUCCGAUCUUAAAUAUCAACAUUUCUUGUCGGUUCUUGAUGUAUACAUUAAUGAAAGUUUUUCAGCUACAUUAGCUUAUAACAAAUUAAUUGACGUUUUACAAAAUCACAUACGUGAAGCCAUCAAUGCAGGCACAUCAAACAAUUACGAAGCCGAUGAGGAAAAAGCCGAAGUUAGACGAUUGUAUAAAACUACAAAAUUCUUGCAUUACGUAAUGAAAUUCAUUAUUCGAUCACGAAUGCUAUUUGCUGCUUUGAAUGACAAUUCAAAUUUAAAAGAUUUUGAAAAUAAACUUGAAGAACUACUGAUAAUGUUCAUCGAUAUGAUUGAUUGUCCAACGGAUCUUUUAAAAUCCGAGGGAGCACUCUUAAAAAAUCUUCAUGUAAUUGCAACAGAUCUUCUUCAAGUUUAUGACAAAGUUGAAUUGAGUAAUAGCAUAGUUAAAAUAUUGAUGAAAUUCCCACCGGGUCGUUUGACCCAAUCGAAAAUGGUUUGCAUCAAAGAUUUUGUCGAUUCGAAAUUAUUUCACUAUCCCGAAUGCAGAGCUAUACUCUUGCCGGUCUUUUGUAAACACAUUAAAGAUCGCCUUGAAAGUGGAGAGGAGGGCGACUGCAAAUCCGAUAUAUGGCAACAAGAAAAGAAUCUUACAAAAGCAGCUAAAGUUUUGGGGCAAUUAAAAUCACAACUGCAUACACGUGAAACUACAGCUAAGUUAAAGGUAAACGAAUGCAUCAACAUAAUGAACAAUAUUCUGAAACUUCUCUUCCGCGAUGACAUCGGACCCACAGAAGAGGACAUCAAAGAUGUUAUGUUAAUACUACUACGUACUGUGAUCAAAACGUCUCAAGCCAUGGAUCGUGAGAAUCCUCUAGUUGGAAAUUUAGUUGCCAUUAUGUUGGGAAUACUUCGUAGUAUGACAAACUACCACUACGACACUUUUGUUCGCAGUUUCAGUAACAAAUAUGAUUUACAAAGUUUCAUAAUUGAAUUACUCUUGGUCUUCCAAGAACUCGUAUCGCCACAUCCCAAGCCAGUAUUCCCAAAAGACUGGAUGGAUAUGAUUAUGCAUCAAAAUACUGUAAUUCUGGGAAGUCUACAAAAAUUGUCAACUGUUAUUAUUGAUGCAUUCUUCGAGCCAUUCGAAAAACAAGUAUGGUCAAACUUUUUCCAGUGUUCCAUUGCUUUUCUCAUCCAAUCACCGUUGCAAUUAAAUGACUUCUCAGACAACAAACGUGCAACCAUAUUCGAACGAUAUCAAGAUAUUCGCAAAGAGACUGCCAAUGAAAUUCGAAAAAUGUGGUUCCAGCUUGGCGAACAUAAACCACAAUUUGUGCCACAAUUGGUUGAACCAAUUCUAGAAAUGAGCAUGAUCCCAGAAGUCGAACUUCGAAAAGCCACAAUACCUAUCUUUUUCGAUAUGAUGCAAUGCGAGUAUUACAGUUCGAAAAUGUUGAUGGAAAGUUAUGGGGACACUAAGCGAAAUAAUGCUCAUUAUAAAGCGAAUUUCAAUGAAUUCGAAACGGAGAUGAUCGAAAAGCUCGAUGUGCUGAUUGGAUCUGGCAAAGGUGACCAUGAGUUUAAGGAUCUCUUCCAGAAAAUCAUGCUGGAGCACUGUAUGGCCCACAAUACACUCAAUGUUGAAGGAACAAGAUUUGUCAACAUGCUGACGAAACUUAUGGAAAGGUUGCUCGAGUAUCGUUGUAUCAUUCAAGACGAAAGCAAGGAGAACCGAAUGGGUUGCACCUUUAGUAUACUCCAGUUUUAUCUGGAAGUCAAUCGCAAGGAGAUGUACAUCCGUUACGUGUACAAAUUGUGUGAUCUGCACAUGGAAUUUGAAAACUACACGGAAGCUGCAUUCACACUGAAGCUCCACACAAACCUCCUGCAGUGGAAUGAUACUGAACUGUCGCCCUUGCUGAGAUCCCAUCGACAUGUAAUGUGCCGAACGCACAGAGAACUCAAAGAAGCUCUCUACUAUGAAAUAAUUGACUAUUUCAACAAAGGCAAAGUCUGGGAGUGUGCAAUAGAUAUGUGCAAAGUGCUAGCAAAGCAAUAUGAAGAGGUCACAUUCGACUAUCUCAAGCUGGCCGAUUUGUAUAAAACAAUGGCUCAGUUUUUUGAGAAAAUUCUCAAAGAAAUGCGUCACACUUCUGAGUAUUUCCGUGUUGGCUAUUACGGAAUGAAAUUCCCAAACAUCUUUCGCAAUAAGGUGUUUGUUUUCCGAGGUAAAGAAUACGAAAGGCUAAGUGACUUUUGUUCUCGAAUUUUAGUUCAGCAUCCAACAGCAGAGCUAAUGCAAACAUUGACAACGCCUGGUCCAGAAAUAAUGCAGGCAGAUGGACAAUACAUUCAAAUAAAUAAUGUUGAACCGAUAAUGGAUGAGGCAUUUAGUAAAUUCAAUGAUAAUGUCAUUUCAAAUGAGAUUGCCAAGUAUUAUACAUCGAACAAUGUGCAGAAGUUUAAGUUUUCUCGGCCGUUUAGGGAGAAAGACAGUGGCAGUGAUGAUGUGCGAGGUUUGUGGUUGGAGAGGACGGUUAUUACGACAAGUUUCCCCUUGCCAGGCAUUCUCAGGUGGUUCCCAGUGGUGAAUUCGGAAAAGUUUAAGAUAUCUCCCAUUGCAUUGGCUGUAGAAACAAUGGAAUCAACGAACAAAGCUCUACGUGAUUUGAUUAUUGCUCAUAGGAAUGAUGAAAAUAUUCCAAUAAAUCCUUUGAGCAUGAAAAUCAAUGGAAUUGUUGAUCCAGCUGUAAUGGGUGGAUUUGGUAAAUACGAGGAGGCUUUCUUAACACCGGAUUAUCUAGAAGAGAACCCCGAUGAUGAGGAACUAGUCGAUAGGCUAAAGGAUUUAAUUGCAUCACAGAUACCGCUGUUGGAAAUCGCAAUUUCUGUGCACAAAUCAAAAGCCCCUGAAAGUCUGAAGCUAUUCCACGAACGAAUUGAGAAAUGUUUCAGUGAAAUGCAAACUUAUGUUGAAAGCAAAUAUGGAAAGAAGUCGUGUGAUCUUAAAUUCGAAAGAGACUCAUUUGUCCUCCUGCGCCGCAAUGGUUCUAUGAUGCAACAAAUGUUUGAUGGUAGCAACCGUUUAUCAGAAACCAGUAUGGGUUCAUCAGAUAGCGGCCUAUCAAAAUCAACAUUUUAUGGAAGAGCCCAAAGCAAUUCGAUCAAAUCUACAUUCGCUAGCUUUAAUUUCAAUACGAACAUAACCAGAACUACGCUGGGACAUUCGCCAAGUGUUAAGAGCAAAACCAAAGAAAAGACACCAACUAAAAGAAGAUCCAUUAAAAAGCUUGAUAGAGAAGCACUUAGCCUUCCAGUAGCCAACAGUCAAUGGUAUACAACACCUUUGUCAACUAUAACUUCGACGCCCGAAAAAGACUCAUUAUCGUUAACAUCAGCCUCCAAUACAUCGUUAUCGAAACCAAGUCCAGAUCCAAGAGUCUUAACCGAAGAGCUAACAUCAAAGCGUCCACUUCGUUCAGAAAAAGAAAAGGAGCGUCGCCUCUCUCGACCGGCUAGUAUAGCAACGCCAACAUCUAGUAUGAAAGGGUUCUCUGCUGCAGAUACCCAUUCGUUAUCAGGAGGCGAUAGUAGUAAUCGAAAUUCAGUUGAUAUCGUUGAUACAACUGAUUCAACAUCUGAAGAAGACCUCAAACCGCCACCAUUGCCUGCUAAAACUCGUGAUUCAACUGACUUUACAAGUCUAACGGGCGGAAUUGACUGGACACAAAGUAGUUCAUUUGUAACAAUGAGUCCAACCAGUAUUAUGAAUUCAACGUACGAAUAUGUUGAAGCAACAAAUCCUGUUUUAACCGCCGCCGAUGAUAAGCGAAGACCUCCAACUCCGCCUCCGAAACCAUCAAGAAAUAGUAAGCACAUUCCAUAAUACAAAAAGUGUUGCUGGGAAUUCUCAAAUUCUCUCUUCUACACAUACGCACUCGCACAAAGCACAAAUUUAAUAUAAUUGCUGGUUGUAAUGUCAGGAAUAUCGCAAAAAGCCAAAUACUAUUUUUACGACUCUUUACAAAAAGUGUUUUUAUAGCUUAUAAGUGAUGUAUCCUACGAGGAUUUUCAAAUAAUCUUAAUUUAAAAAAAAGUCUUCCGUUUUUUUCUGUUUCUGUUUAUGUUGUUUUUUGUAAAAUAAAAUACUUUCAAUGUACAAAUAAAGCAAUGGAAAUUAGACAUACAAAAAUGAUAAUGACAUAGACUAGUUGUAACCCAAUUUAAUUGUUAUAUUUAAAAGUUUACAAAUUUUAUGUUACAAUUUUUAUAAUAAAACAAAAUCAAAAUGUACUCAAUGUUGAUAUUUUUUUCAACAUUUUAUACAAAACCUAAUAAAAUAAAAAAAAUCAAACCAACCAAACUUAAAAAUCAAACCAGAACCAUUUCUAAGAUCUUAUGAUUAAAAAAAAAUUAUA